AAAAGCGCCCUUUGCGUGCUGCAAGAUCCGCGAUGGAAGCCUCCUUCGUGGAAGAGGUGGCUGCGUCUCUAGUGAGGGAGUUCCUGAGCAAAAAGGGCUUGAAGAAGACAAGCGUCAUGAUGGACGAGGAAUUCCCCCGUACAGCACUCAGCAUCAACAACAGAAAUGAGCUCCGAAGUGUUUUGCAUCUCCAGUCUUUAUACAAACAAAACAAGGCAAGAGAGAUUCCUUUAAAGACCAUUCUUGAAAUCAUAGCUAGCUACUUUCUGGAGCAUCCGAGUAACCAAAGCUUCAGGGGAAGCACAUCGUUCCCUGAAAAUAAACUCUCUCCGACAAGAACUACGGAUAAUUUUGUCCCUAAAAAUAUUCUCUCUGAAGAACGGCAAACAGCACCCGAAAAAAUAAAAAAGGGGACUCCCAGCUAUGAGAUCGAGGAGGCAAUAACUUGGCCCCGGGGCCUUCCCGGGAGGCAUCUUCAGAAGCAAAGUGAGAAGGGCAAGGCCAGGGCGGUGGUGGAUGCUCCUGUGCAGGCUGAGGGGGAGAAGAAGCUCUGUGAUCUUCUGGACGCCUUGCAAAUUCCAGAAGAAUUGCCUUUGGAGACCAGAAUGACCUUGAGGGAGAAACUUCGAGGCCAGCCUGGUGUUUUUCCAGCUCAAGGAAGGAUAGCUGGUUCCAUGGAUGCUUCUCAAGAGGAGUCCUUAAAAAGGAGGCAUCUGAAACGACCCUCUGGAAUCUGCAGCCCAGCCCAAUUCGGCGAGAGUAGGAGUCCCUCAGUCCUUCCAGGAGAUCACCCCUUCGAGAAGACGGUCAUUCCCAGACAGUCGGCCGAUCUCCUGUCCACCCGCCCUGACCGUUCCCUCGACGCACGCAAGAACGGUUCGCCCCACUCUCCCUCGAGUCAGUGUGCCAAGAAGGGUGACCCAACAGCCCCCAAUGUAGUUGGCUCUGGAGAUGACCUACUGGCCAGACUGGUCUUAGAAAGGCAAGUCGAGGAAAAGAAACCUGCAUCCGGCUACGACGUCUGUGAGAAGACACACCCUCUGGACAUUUUGCAGAGGGAGACGGUGAUGGGAAGCAGGACCACCGUGGGAUCCUCGUGGAAAAGCGAGGCUCGGUUUCCGGAUGCCAGAAAAGCUCCAUCAUCUGCUUCCAGAAGAGAUCAGUUGCACAGAGACAUUUUGGAGCUAGUUGAUGUUGAGGAUGAAGAAAGCUGGGAGACCUUUGGCAGAGACCCUGAACCUUUGGCUCUGUACACGUGCCAAGUGACAUCCAAGCCCAUUGAUUCCGUUCUUGCAAAGGAUCUAAAAACCCUGCUCUUUGGCUCUGGCCUUGGCUGCUUCAACGAGGAAUGGAGAAUCCAGAGCUUUCGGUUUAACGAAAACCCUGAGCUGAAAUACGGCAUUGUGCAAAAAAAGGGUGGGCCGUGUGGGGUCCUGGCAGCCGUUCAAGCCCACGUCCUGCAACAUCUUAUCUUUGGUGACGGUAGCAGGAACAACGCUGUUGGGUGCCUUCGGCCUUCAGACACCGAAAGGGCCCAGUGCCUCGUUCUGGCUCUUGCUGGUAUAUUAUGGCGUGCAGGUGGCAAUGAGAAAGCGGUGGUGACCUUGUCUACAGGAACACAGCAGUUCACGCCUGCAGGGAAAUACAAGCCAGAUGGGAUCUUAGAAAUGCUUAUGUUGCACCUUAUCACAAAAUACGAAGACCUGCUGAAGUUCCUGCAACAGAAUAUUCACCAGUUUGAAGCUGGUCCAUACGGUUGCAUUCUUCUGACUUUGUCAGCGAUACUAUCAAGAUCCAUUGAUCGAGUUCGUGGAGAUCUGGAUGACAUCAGCAACCCACUGAUUGGCGCACACGGAUACUGCACGCAGGAACUGGUCAACUUGCUCCUGACCGGCAAGGCUGUAUCCAACGUCUUCAAUGAUGUGAUGGAGCUGGACUCUGGAAACGGCAACAUCACCGUGUUGAAAGGCAUCUCCGGCCGCAGCGACCUGGGCUUGCUGUCUCUCUUUGAGCAUUAUGACGUCUGCCAGGUGGGAUGUUAUCUCAAGACCCCCAGGUUUCCAAUUUGGGUGGUGUGCAGUGAAAGUCACUUCAGCGUCCUCUUCUGCUUGCGGAAGGAUUUACUGGGAGACUGGAAGACGGAGCGGCGGUUUGACCUAUAUUAUUAUGAUGGUUUAGCCAAUCAGCAAGAGGAGAUCCGUCUAACCAUUGACACCUCACCGCUUUAUGUCGAAGACCAAGAAAAUGAUCUCAUCUCUCCUUUGGAACAUUGUAUUCGGACCAAGUGGAAGGGAGCCGUGGUCAACUGGAACGGCACGGACCCCAUCUUGUGACUGACUUCUUCAAGCAAAACCAGGUCCCACCCGCAGGGGGAACCUGGGCAUUUGUCGUCCCUGCACCAAUCCGAUGCAGACCGGCCGAAGGACGUAGGAGGGACGGUGGCUGGGCCUCAUCAUGCACACCUUGUGCUCCUGCCUGUGGCAUAAGAAGGCGGCUGUCCUCUCCUCGGUCACCCGGCGUGUGGAAACAGGAGAGCCAACCCCGACCGAGAAAAACAAAAAAGCAGUAAAUCUGUCAACAUCCCAUCAAAUUCCGUUGCUGAAUCCAUGCCAUGUCCUGUGAUUAUAUCUGUUGAACAAUACUGAUGGCAGCCACCUUUCUUUCUGUAAAAACCAAGCGAUGACAAAAAAAAGUCCCCGGGUCCGUUUUAAAGCUAGGAAGCCGAAACGUACAUUAAAAACAAACAAAAAAGUUCGAACUCUUGUUCCCGAGAGCAUUUCUUUUGGCUAGCCCAAAAUAUUUUGGAACCAAAGACAUCACUGCCGAUUUCUUCUUUUUUUAACUGAUUGAAUUGUAAUCUAUUUUUAAUUUGGUCCUUGGAACUCCCGGCCGCUGGGAGAACGGAGAUGAUGGGGCCGUCUCUUCUUUUAAUUCCUGUAACUGAAGCUUGCCUUUUUUUAAGGCUUAAAAUGUAGCUUGCCAAGCCCAUUCUGGACCUAUAAUUCUAUGCCCUGAAAAUAAAAGGACUGUAAUUUAGGAAUCAUUUUAUCUCAGUAGAGAAAUGAUGAUUUCUAUUUGAAUAGCUCAUAUUGGAGCUGCCCUCAAGAGAUUGACAUAUCUAGGUAAUCUAUGCUCUGACGGUACUGCACCCGUCUGAUAAAGCUGAUGUGGGGUUUAUGGCGUAAACUACAAGUUGUCCUGCCCCACCAUGCAAGCAUUGACAUGUUUCAUGAAUAAAUCAUCUGAUGGUCCCAAUAGGUGCUAGGAAUUGUCAGCAGUGGGAUUGGGGACCAAAUUUGGCAUGUUCACAUCAGCCCUUGGAG